CCCUCUUGUCAAUCGUACUACAAAUGCAGUCAAGCCACCUUAGCACCACCACCAAACCACGCGUUGUGAUCUGCAGGAACCUUGGGCCAGAUGUUAUGCCGCUGUUGGAAGGAAGGAGCGACGUUGAGGUAGUCGUAUGGCCGGAAGACUCAUCUUGCGAUAGGAAAUGGUUGUUAGAACAGGUCAGGGGUGCUGCGGGUGUUCUGCUGAUGUUCCCAGAGAAGGCCGAUAAAGCCCUCUUCGAAGCUGCUGGCCCAAGCCUUCGCGUCGUAUCAACCAUGUCUGUCGGCUACGGUGCGCAAUUUAGACCUCCUAUAAAAUUAUCACAACGGAGCACUCGUUCCACAGAGCACAUCGAUCUCACCGAGCUCACGAACCGAGGUGUCAAACUAGGAUACACACCAGACGUGCUGACCGACGCUGUUGCGGACAUCACUGUGAUGCUCGCCCUCAUGGCCAGCAGGAACGCCGGAUCAACCAUAAACCUAGUCCAAUCCGGGGAGUGGCCAAAAUUCCGCUGGGCCCCAUUCGCAUUCUGCGGUCCCCAAAUCAGCACCCUCCCCUCCUCCCCAGACCGCACCGUCGGUUUCCUCGGUUUCGGCCGCAUCUCCCAAGCCACCCUCAAGCGCCUCAUACCCUUCGGAAUCACCUCCUGCCUAUACACCGCCAACCCCCACUCCCCACCCGCCACCGACCGGGACACCGCCAUCCUCUCGCACCACCCGACCCUCAAAACCCUCCGGCGCGUCACCGCAGACGAGCUCGCGCGCUCGAGCGACAUCGUGUUCGUCCUCGCCCCAGGCGGAGAGAGCACCAAACACCUCGUCGACGAGGCAUUCCUGCGCAAGAUGAAGAAGCACAGCGUCCUCGUCAACGCCAGCCGGGGGACCCUCGUCGACUCGGACGCGCUGGCAAAGGCGCUGAGCGAGGGCUGGAUUUGGGGAGCAGGGUUAGACGUCGUAGAGGGCGAACCGAACAUCACGCUUGACCAUCCUCUCGUCAAGGAGCCUCGUUGUGUCAUUCUGCCUCACAUCGGAAGCGCCAGUAUAGAGACCCGAAUCGAUAUGGCUACACUCGCUCUGAACAACCUCUUAGCCGGCGUUUUUGGCGAAGAAUUACCCGCAGAGUUGAAGAUCUAGACAGAAAAAGAAAAGAAUUAAUUUUAGAUGAUUGAUUUCUGAUGGCUGCGUCUGCUUUCCUCCGCCGCAUGUCUGUGUACGUAGAUCUUUGUGACGACUUGGGGUCGUUUGUUCUUGGUCCAGAAAAAAAGACUAGAUGACCAGUAAUAUUACAUAUUCCCCAUUACAAUCUGGGGGUGGG